UUGCCUCUUACUUAUUACCGUUUGAGUAAAGCCCACCCCAGAGCCAACUUUGAGCCCCGUCCCCGCAUUUGCAGUUACCCAUUUGGAUAUUGUUGCAUUUUAGAAACUUCGGUCAUCACUGGAUAAUCUUAGGGCCGGACGGAAUGGGACCACAGAACAGAGCAGCUCUGCAGAAACAGUUGCUCCUCUGGCUGCUUGUAGCAGCAUACCAGUGGGGGCAGGUGCUGGGUUGUGGACCCAAAUAUGAGUACGCCAUAGAGGAGUUCUGCCUGGCCAAGUUCAGACUGGACAUGCAGGAACUGGACCAAAGGCACUGGUGUAGCUGGGAGGACACUGUGGAAACCUACGGAGAGCUGACCAACUGCACCUACCUGGUAGCCCUAAAAAUGGACUGCUUCUGGCCCAACCGGCUGGUGGAUGAAUUCUUCAUCCGUGUCCACCAGCACUACUUCCACGACUGCUCCCUGUCCGGGCGCCUCCUCCGGGACCCCCCUAACCGGAUCCUAGGGCCCUUCAUCAUUGUCCCCAUCCUGGUCACACUGCUCAUGACUGCCCUGGUGGUGUGGAGGAGCAAGCGCAGCGAGGGCAUCAUCUAG